AGUCAUUGAAAGCAGGAAGAGUUUCUUCUUAUUCCUAAUUCUCAAGUCCCUGUGGCAAUUUAUAUCAACAUGCUGAGCUUUACUGUCCAUACAUGCCAUCAUAACUGGCACAGGUUGGAUUAACAUGGCACCGGGAGAGAUGCUGUGAGCUAUGAUAAAUGAAAUCAGUUCCUUCUGCACUGCCGUGGACUUUUAAUCUUUGGUUUUAAAAGAUAUUCAUCACAAACAGAUGUUUGUUUGCUCAGUGUGGAGACAGAAUGGAAGAGUAUGAAGGAGACAGCAACUCUGGUGAGUUAUUUGAAUUCCCAGGCUCCAGAGAAGAAGAAAUCUUGGUCACCUCUACCCUGAGCGCUGUUCUAGCAGCUAUGUUUCUUUUGGGGAUGGCAGGUAACAUUUAUGUGCUCUUUAUCAAUAUGCUUUCGGCCAAGCCAGCUGGCUGUAUGUGUGUACAUGUGAUCAGUCUAGCGUUGGCAGAUUUACUGUAUCUCUCAACAAUUCCCUUUGUGGUGAGUACAUAUCUUGCUCGAGACUGGUAUUUCGGUGAUGUGGGAUGCAGAGUUCUCUUAAGUAUGGACUUGUUCACCAUGCACGCUAGCAUUUACCACCUUACUGCCAUGAGUGUGGAGAGGUACCAAGCAGUGGUGCAUCCUUUAAAAUCCCGAGUUUCGCAGAGUCAUCACAAAUUCACCAGUGUAGCCAUCUGGCUUACAUCCUUGCUUCUCACCUUACCCAUGAUGUGCAUGAUGCAGCUUCAGGAUAGUCCUUAUGGAUCUGGAAAGAGAAUUUGUUUUCCCACCUGGACACCAAAUGGUUUCAAAUGUUACUUGACUGUUAUUUUUUGCACCAGCAUUCUUGGACCUGGACUCAUUCUUAUAUAUCUCUAUCUACAUCUUGCCAGGGUGUACUGGAUGUCUGGCAUAGAAGUUCAACAGUCCAGGCAUAAACUGAACCAGUGCCUUGGUUUCCGCAUCUUCACCAUCAUUUUGGCGUACUGGGCUUGUUUUGUGCCUUUUUGGGCUUGGCAGUUGGCCAAAUUGUACCAGUGUGAUUCUAUGAGGUUGACAGCAGCAGCCCAGAUAUAUCUCAACUUUGGAGUCACGUGCUUAACCUACGCUAACAGCUGUGUUAACCCACUCCUUUAUACCUUGCUGACGCGCAAUUAUUGGGAAUACCUGGCUGGCCGCGGCCGCGGUACUAGUGUAGAACUACGAAAAGUUGGCCAUGGCCAACUCUAAAAAUGCAGCUCACCAAUUAAAUUCAACAUUCAUCUUGGUUAGGGUGUUUUUUUUUUUACAAAACUGUACAAUACGUGUUUUUAUGGAUAAAUCUAGAAGCAAAUUUAA